AAUGUGUAAAGAAAAUAUUGGGCCAAAUGAUUUGACUUCAACAUUUUGUGGAACUCCAAAUUAUAUUGCGCCGGAAAUUCUUCGAGGGGAAGACUAUGGAUAUAGCGUUGAUUUUUGGGCUCUGGGUGUUUUAAUGUUCGAAAUGAUGGUUGGGCGUUCGCCUUUUCAAGCACCUAUAGAAGAAUAUCAGGAAUAUUCUGAGGAUUUUCUGUUUCAAGUUAUUUUGGAAAGACAAAUCCGUAUUCCUCGAAAUUUGAGUGUCCGUGCUGCAAAUGUAUUAAAGGGUUUCUUGAACAAGGAUCAAAACGAAAGAUUGGGAUGUAAGCCUGAUUUGGAGGAAGGACUUAAUGACAUAAAAACGAAUGCUUUCUUCAGAUACAGCAUUGAUUGGGAAUUGCUUGUUGAACGCCGAAUCACCCCUCCAUAUAAUCCAAAUAUUAAUGGUGACAGGGAUUUGCAACGAUUUGACACUAGUUUUACAAAUGAGGAUCCGGCGCUUACUCCUGAUGAACCAGAAGUCAUUGCUCGUAUUGACCAAUCCGAAUUUGAUGGAUUUGAGUAUGUAAACCCGUUAAUUUUUAACAAGGAAGAUUCUGUUUAA